UAUUCCUGCAUCACCAAUGUGCCCAUAUUUAGUGUAUUUUUAAUCAAAUUUUCCAUCCUUACCACCAAAAUUGUGUUUCCCCCCGUUUUCCUAAUUGGCCAAGUCACUCCAAUAUAUAAACAUUGUUUUUAUAUUCUGCAUUGUAGAUUAAUUUUUAGCUGCAUUAAUUCUUCUAUUGUAUUUUUCUCACAGACUCCUGGCAGAGUUUGAGCUGGGUGAAAAAAGUUUAACCUAGCCGUACCAUGAAGACUCAGAAGUUCAGAGGCCUUACACCACCCUCACCUCCCUGCAGACAUAAGCCAGGUUUCCUUCUACAAGGCAGGAUAAAGAAGGACAGGAUGAUUCAAGGCAAGCUUCACAUCCGUUCCAUGCCUGGAGCAUUCCUGGUGUUGGGGGUCAUAGUGGUAGCUUUCGGCACUGCUCUGGCUGUAGCUGGCUAUUGGCCCUAUCAGUUUUCAAGAUCAUCUAUUCUAGAAGAUAAAGAACAGAAAAGCAAAUCUGAUUCAGAGCAUUCUGGAUGGAGUCUAAGUACCAAGGGGCUCUUUUCUACAGCUAGUCUACUAAAUUGUGACCGCAUGAAGCUCCUGGGGCCAGUCAUCAUGGGAGUCGGACUCUUUAUCCUGAUAUGUGCAUUCACUGUUCUGUAUGAAAAUAGGGACAGAGAGACUCAGAUAUUGCUAGCUCAAAUGCGCAAUGCUAUCUGCUCUGUGUCAGCCGCUGUGCCCUCUGCUGGCCUCAGAGACUUAGCAGCAGCUAACUCUAUGACCAAACACUAUGAGUGGGUAAGCCGUCUGCCCACUGCUCAUCUCAGUAUCCUGAGUUUGCAGCAGCUGGCAUGCUCUGAGCCCCUACUCCAAACUACCUACUCCAUGGAUCAGGAGAGCAGUGUAGAGGGCAUCUAUCAGCAAUCAGUUCUUAUAACUGAACCUCUUCAUCACCAUGAGUCAGUGCCUCUACCUUCACUGCCUUCAUCCUGUUUUAACUCAUGGAAACACUUUCAGGUAGGCAGUAAUUCACAGACAGGGGCAGACCUAAGCAAAGGCAGUUUCCGUUUAAAGACUGCCCCAGUUUUCAAGCUCAAUUCAUGCCCUGUGUCUGCCAGAUCCAUGUCCAACCUAAAGUUGGAAGAAGUUGAUAUUGCAGCUGCGCAACACAGGCGCUGUCACAGUAUGAGCUACAUGACUAAGCCUUACAUAGCCCAAACUGGGUUGAACUUUGAGAAAGAGCUAUUCCCAUUUGAAAUUGAUAAUCAAACAAAUCCACUCCAAAUAAAUAAAAACGAAACACGUUUCCAGGCUUGUAUGAGGAUCCCUUUGGAGGCAGCAGACGUAGAAGAGGACCAAUUGCAUGGAAGCUAGCCUCAACAAUAAUUGGUAAAAGGAAGACAAUACCAGAAACUGGAGAAUAAAGAGGACUCUGUGGACAAACUGCUGGACCAGUUGAAGCGACAGUGUUCCUUCUGGAGUUUUGGCUCUGUGCUAUUCCAUUAACAGCUGUUCCAUACAAAGUCUUAAAAACCAAGAAGCAAAGAUCAUUUUUAAAUUUCUGUUUUCAAUUAUUGGGACCAGAGAACAAAAGAAGUUGUGGAAUCUUUUGAGUUUGGAUAGAUGUAAAUAUUUAAAGUUUUAAAGAAGAGGAGCAACACAUUUCCCCUCCACUGCCACGCUAAAGCAAAGUUGAGGUAUUGGAAAACAAGAAAUUACCAUGUCUUGCCAAAUGAAUGUGGUUAUUUCCAGUAAAACAUGCACAGCUAGUAAAUGAAUAUUGGACCCUGUACAGGGGAUUGGUGGUGUCAUUACUCCAAACCAAAUAACCACGACUCCUGAGGCUAUAAAGUGCUAACAGCUUUAAAGAGUGCAAAUAUAAAAAUAUGUAUUUGCUUAUGUAUUUACUUAUAUCCAUUAAGACAAUUGGAAAACAACACAGUAUGUUACAUUGGAUUACAUAUGCAAACUAAACGUCUGUGUUAAUUUCUUAUUUGUACAGAGAACUUGUGAAAUUUGUUACAACUUGGAUCUUAUUUUUUUCAUGUUUUGCAAACAUUUGUAUCAGUCAUGAUAGUGUAAUUUUGUCUAUAUUCUAAAUGUUUUUAGUUUAAACAAUUUAAACUGCUAUUUUACAUCUAAGUUGGAGUCGAUACAGACAUUUCACACCAAAAGACGUUCAUCUCUGGGACACCAAACUUCUCUCUUUUCUGAACAUUAUGAUAGCUAGACUAUCCCAGGGCGUUUAAACCUUAAUGUAAUUGUUUUAAAAAACUGAACAUUGCAUCAUCAGGCACCUGGAAAUUGUAUGCAAGGAUUAUUCAUACUUGUGUCUACAAUCCUUUUCCUUAGCAAAUUUCUUUCAGGUGUCUUAGAUGUGUUGUAAAGGUAUAAUUGAUAACACAUUAAAAGUAAUGCUAGUAAUGCUUGUUCCUGAGCAGCACGGGGAGGGAGGGUGGAAGCUAAACCCUCUGAUCACGGGACAUAAUAUUAUUACCUACAGCUCUCCAAAAAUAGCAAAAUAAUAUAAAAUAUGUUAUUCAUAAUUUCAGUCGACAUGUAAGGUAAAGAUGCUGGAAAUAUAAAGUAAUUGUAUGACUUACUCAUGAACUGGUUCCAGAAUCAGCUGCUGUUCGUCUUUGUCCUCUUCAAAACCCAAGUAAAAGUCAGAAUAUUCCUGUUA